AUGGACGCCGCGACGGCGUCGUCGAUCGCGCGCGCGCUCGAGGACGCGGUGAGGACGGCGAACGCGCGCCCGAACGCCUCGAACGCGCGCGACGGCGCGAGCCGCGCGGCGCUCGCGAGGGAGGCGCACGAAAAGUUGGGAUUCGAUUAUCCGCUGGUGAGCGACGACGAAGUGCGCGCGCUCGCGGCGGCGAUGCGCGACGCCGCGCGCGCGGACGGCGGGCUCGCGCGAACGCCGUUCGCGCUGACGCGGGCGCUGGCGCGGAACGCGCGAGAGGGAGGCGGCGCGAGCGACGCGAGGGACGAUGGGGAGGACGGCGACGACGCGCGCGGCGACGCGUUUCGGAACUUGCGGGCGGUGGUGUACGUCGAGGUGCCGCGCGCGGUGAUGCGCAUGAGCGAUGACGAUGCGUUCGAGGCGCUCCGGGCGUACGCGCCGGAGGAGCACGAGGCGGAGGCGGAGACGGAGGCGGAGGCGCCGCGCGAGACGCUCGCGAACGGCGCGAACGGCGCGACGGCGAACGCGCCGAUCGUCUCGGAACCUCGGGAAGAUGGCGAUGACGACGACGACGCGUGGGAGCCGGUGGAAUCUACCGUCUCGUGGUUUUCGCCCGUUAAAGAUGACGCGCGUUACGCGAAAAUGUCGAAACGAGAGGUCGUGAACGCCAAGUUGCGCGGUCUGAUGAGCGAGUUGCUGCCGGCGCGCGUCGGCGCUACGUCGACGAAUGUGGGAGUGAAUUCCGAUUGGGAACGCCUCGACGUCGCAUCGGGAUUGAUGGACUUAUUCGAGGCGAUGUGCGCGUCGUGCGACGUCGAAAGGCGCGCGCUACGAACGAUUCCCUUGCGCGCGCUGCGCGAGCGAUGGGCCAUCGCGGCGGGCGGCAAGUUGGGCGUCGAAGCGGGCUUGACGCGCGCGCUUGAUGCGCUCAAGUUCGCACAGAGCGACGCGAUGGACGAGCAGACUGAAGAUCACCGAAUUGCGUUGGAGCUGUUGGCGUAUUUGUGCUUGCGCCUCGGCGCAGAGACGAUGGGUGUACAGGCACUUGGCGAAGGGGAGAACAGCGCUUCCUCGGCAAGAAGUAAACUUUGGGCACACGUGCACCGAGCAAUCCCAGUCGUAACGAAGACUUUAGAGCACAGUCUGCGCGUCAUGGAUGCACGCAAGGAAGAUCCAGAUUGGCAGGACACAGUCGGUUUGAGCGCAUUAUUGCUCGCGUUUUACACCACAAAUGCGAACGCCGUCGUCGUGAAGGAUGUGGGCGAAAGAUUGCUGCGCACUGGAUGUUUACGAGCACUAGUGAACAUCUUCAUCGCUUUACAUCGAUCGCCGCUUGCUGAAACCGUUCGACGAGCAUUGCUGCUAUCGACGCUCGCGUGCGAUGGAGUGUACGAGUUCGUCAGUCGCGUCUCAGGUGUGCGCACGGCUUUGGCUGGCGCCGAGUUCUCGUUUGACGGGACGUUCGCGAUGCACGGGGCAAUGUGGAAGAUUGCGUUGCGGGAUCCAGAUGCCGAGUCACAUCUUGCGAAAUGUCUCGAUAGAUUUGCGUCGACACUCGACGACGAAGCUAGCGUGCACGCGUUAAGAGACGGGUUAUUGCUAACCCGAGCGAGCGAGCGAGCGGCAAAGGCGAGUGGCCGACAACUUUUCAAACAUGAGGGACACGUGACGACAUCACUCAAGUCACUCAACGCAAACGUCGUCGACGUUAUCACGACCAUGGCCCGCGCCCGUGAUGAGCACGCGCACGGCAGUGCGUGUGACGACGACGAAGAGAAGAAGAGGGACGAAAAUCCCAACGCGCCGAUUGUAGAAAAGCGCCGCGAGGCAAUCGUAGAAAUUAGUCGCAAACUCAAGAUUUUGCUCGCCAGCGACGACUCGACGGUGAUGCGCAAGACUGAUUAG